GCCAAGGAAAAAAAAGAAACGACUGUUAAUUCAACUUGGAAAUUUCAGAGAGAGAGAAGAAGAAGAGUCAUAUAGAGUCGAAUCGUCUAACAAAUUAUUACACACACGACACAAGUGUAUGUAUAAAAAUGUUUAUCUAUUUAUAGAAACUCUGCUUCUCUCUCUCUCUUCGCUAUUGGUCUCUCUUCUGCCUGUAUGACCUAGAUCUCAAAGCGCUUGGAAGAGGAAACCAUCGAGAGUCUCUGUGGAUCUUUUUGAUUGAAGAUUCCCUGUUUGUGAUUCAUACGGUGCCGUUUAAUCAGAUUCAUUUUUUUUCCUGAAAACGGCUGAUAAGAAGUCUGCAGUACGCUGUUAGGUAGCCACUUUUGGUAAAGAGUGCGUUGAAUAGGUUGCUAGCUGUGGAAAGGGAGUGAAGUUUUAUUUCGGGAUAAGGCUGUGAUGCAUUGAUUGCAGAUGAAGACAGCUCAAGUGUGGCGUAUAGGCAUGAAAGACAUGCAAAUCCUGCCUGCGCCUCGACAACGUGCUCAUUUAAAGAAGCCAACAUGGAUUAUUGUAUUGGUUUCAUUGGUUAGCAUGUUCUUAGUUUGUGCUUAUGUUUAUCCUCCUCAUAAUUCGGCUGCAUGUUACGUAUUCUCUUCUAAUGGCUGCAAUGCCUUUUCCAAUUGGCUUCCACCUGCUCCUGUAAGAGAAUUUACAGACGAAGAGAUUUCUUCUCGUGUUGUAAUUAGAGAGAUUUUGAAUACACCACCAGUUGUACCGAAGAACCCCAAAAUAGCUUUUAUGUUCUUGAGUCCAGGUUCAUUACCUUUUGAGAAGCUGUGGGACAAGUUUUUUCAGUUCUCAUUUGUUUGGCAGGGCAAUGAAGACAGAUUCUCUGUCUAUGUGCAUGCAUCUAAGGAAAAACCAGUACAUGUUAGCCGUUACUUUCUCAAUCGGGAGAUUCGCAGUGACAAGGUAGUUUGGGGAAAAAUUUCAAUGGUUGAUGCAGAGAGACGGCUUUUGACAAAUGCACUAAAGGACCCUGACAACCUGCAUUUUAUAUUACUCUCUGACAGCUGUAUACCAUUGCAUGAUUUUGAAUAUGUAUACAAUUAUCUGAUGGACACCAAUAUCAGCUUCAUAGACUGCUUUGAGGAUCCUGGUCCGCAUGGCAGUGGCAGGUAUUCAGAACAUAUGCUACCUGAAGUUGAGAAGAAAGAUUUUCGGAAGGGUGCACAGUGGUUCACAAUGAAGCGACAGCAUGCUAUCAUGGUUAUGGCUGACAAUCUCUAUUACUCAAAAUUCAGGGAUUAUUGCAAGCCUGGUAUGGAACGGAACAUCAAUUGCUAUUCUGAUGAACAUUAUCUGCCAACGUUUUUCUAUAUGUUUGAUCCUACUGGAAUUGCGAACUGGUCAGUGACACAUGUUGAUUGGUCUGAAGGAAAGUGGCAUCCAAAAUCAUAUGGCGCUCAGGAUAUUACUUAUGAGCUUAUGCAAAAUAUUACAUCCAUUGCAGAAAGUGUGCAUGUUACAAGUGCUGAAAGGAAGGAAAUCCAGACUAGGUCUUGCUUGUGGAAUGGAAAUCAACGACCUUGUUAUUUGUUUGCGAGGAAAUUCUUACCCGACGCUCUAGAUAACUUGAUGCACAUUUUCCCCAAUUAUACAGGAAUCUGA